GAGAGUCUGAAUUGGGCCUGAGUGUUACUCAAGGCCUCUGGCUGUGGAGCCUGUGGUAAAAGUGUCAUGUAAAACCUUCUCUGUGACCUCAGGCAAUAAAUAGAACGCGGUGGUAAACUAUAGCAGCAGCGAUGUGUGUCUGUACAUGAGUGUGUGGGAGGGGGUACAGCCACUCCCCUUCGCUUGUCCUGAAUGGACAAUCACACCUUCACCGGUCUACGCCCCCUCCCUCCUCCUCCUCAGAGUUCUGGGUGCUGCUCCUGUGACUGCAGCAGCGCCACUGAGCCGUCUGGAGUAGAUCAGCGUUCCCUCUCAGGAUUCUUCACCCCCCCUGGCUCUUUGGAUUCUACCUCUUUGCCUGCCUGGAACACCGUGUCCUGGCUUUAAGAAAACCAACGAUGACAGCCAAACACCGCAAAGGAAAGAACAGCCCGAAACCAGAGGACAACUUCUUCAAAAACGAUGUUAUGGAAACAGAAGUUCACUCUGGAGGACAUAACUACACCCUGCUGCUGGUUCUGGUCCUGGGCUCUGUGAUUGCUGUUUUCAUGGGUGUGUGGUUCUUCUUCCAGCAGCACCAAACUUUAACCCACUUAUCAGACAGUCUCACGGGCAUCCAGAUGAGGAUCUCAAAGCUGCAGUCCUCCCACGAAGAAAUGCGGCUGUCUCACAGCAAGCUGCAAAGUUCAGACACUGUGGAGACUCGCUUGAAGAUCCUGGAGGAUUCUUACGCGUCGGCUCAGAAGCAGGUUGGCAUGGCGAUGGCCACAGCUGAGCAGCUCAAGAUGUCGGACUUGCCCGCUCAGGUUCUGUCCCUCCACACGGAAAUGAAAGCCCGUCUGAUGGAGAUGCAGCAAGCCACCGUGUCCCUCGAGCAGAUGAGUCAGCUGCAGAGCACGCUGAGCGGGAAGAGCGAGGAGUUUGAGGGGGUCAGAGUUCAAGUGGAGGGUCUGGCCACAGUGAGCGGGGAACUCUCUCGGAAGGUGGAGGUCCUGACCGGCAGCCUAGGAGAAUUAGAGUCAAAGCUGGAAGAGAAAGCUGGUCAGAUUGACAUAUUGAGUUCCUCCCUGGAUGCACAGGCGACAGAGGUGCUCGGGUUAAAAAGCCAACUGGACACAUACCAGGCCCAGCUGGACGCCAGCAUGCUGGAGGUCACUACAGUCAGGGAGCCGACCGAGAAAGAACAGCAGCUCAGUGAGGAGGAGCUCUUGGAAACGCUUGUGGAAGGCGCUCCAGCCUCUGUUGCAACUGAGGAGGAAGAGGAUGCUGGAGAGCAAGACGUUGUUUCUUUAGAAUUUGGAAAAGAUGGAGAAACGGUUACUGCAACUGAGAGGACAGAGAGGGAUGCAGAGGAACAGGAAGUGGAGAGUGAAGUGCAACCGGAAGAGAAUGCAACAGAAGCUGAAGAGGAAGGGUCGGAAAAGAAAGAUGUCGUUGGAGAACAAGAGGAAGCAGGAUCAUCUGAGCAAGCAGCUCAAUACAAAGAGGAAAUGAAAUCUGUUGAAGGAGCUCAAGAGGAAAGGGAAGUAAUAUCUGCCGAAAAAUUACCAGAGGAAGAAGUGGAAGAUGCAGAAAAAGAUCCCGGAAAAGAGGAAACAGAAGGCAAUGUAGCUAAAGAGGAAGAGGAAACGGAAGCAGUAGAAGCAGAUCAAGAGGAAGAGGAAACGGAAGCUCCUGCAGUUGUUCAACAGGAAGAGGAAACGGAAGCUCCUGAAGUAGCUCAAGAGGAAGAGGAAACUGAAGUUUCUGUAGCAGCUGAAGAGGAAGAGGAAACAGAAGCUCCUGAAGCAACUCAAGAAGAAGAAGAGGAAAUGGAAGCUACUGAAGCAAAUCAGGAGAAUUCGGAAGUGAAUCUUGCAGCUCAAGCUGAUGAGGAAGAAACUUCUGAAACAGCAAAGGAAGAAGAAGCUGCAGAAGAGCGGGAGGAAGCAACCAUUGCAGCCGAGGAGGAAGUUUCACCAGCAGCUGAGCAGCAAGCAAGCACAGAAGAAGAGGAGCAACUUCCUUUAGCUGAAGAGGAAGAAGGAGCAGAUGUUCUGGAGGAUGAAAGCUCAUCAGCAGAUGGCUCCACUUCCAUGAAACAAGAGGAAAAUGAACCUGAAAAGGCAGCAAUUGAGGAUGAGGCUGAAGAGAAGACUCUGACAGCUGAAGAGUCAGAGAUCCAAGAAGCAGAGGCGGACGAAGACGAAACAGUCCAGCAUGAAAACCAUGAACUUGAAUUGGAGGAACUUCAUUUGUUUGAGGAAAAACAGUCGAAUGAAGAAAGUGAGGAUGAGCCAGAGGAAGAGGACAAGACCACACAAGAAGAUGAAGAUUUACCAGAAGACAAAUAGCAUCUCUGCACACAAAGGGACUGUUUUUAUGCUGGAAAUGUCCAUGAAGGACGGGACUUUCUCAGACCAAAAGCUGCCAGAACUAUGAGACAACAGAGGCAUGAAGUCUGAAGAAGAAAACUUACUGUUGAAGGGAAAAAAACGAGCUGCAUCAAACAAAGCCUUUUUUUUUUUAAGAACUCCAGGGAAUUCUCUGCAAGUUUCUAUGAAUAAAAGGUCUGAAGCUGUGAAAGGUUUGUGGAGUGGAGGCAGAGUGACUUCUUUAAACAUGUUUACACAUGGAUUUAAUAUGUUCCUGAAUACUCUUCUGAAAUUUCUGCAGAUUUGGACUUAUUUUUUCUUUUGCCGUUAUAUUUCUUGUAGCUUAGAUGAAGUUCUACUCAGUAAGAUUUGGGUACUUUUUUUUGCAUUUCCACUCUGACAAAAUCCCGUUUCAGUUAUUUUUUUGGAGACACUUUAAUAAUGAACUGUUUGGUUUCUUUCUUAAAAUGCUGUAAAAUGACAGUUUUCAUAAGAGUUUUAUGUGAUUUGUAUGUUUUAAACGGGAAAACGAGGCACCUCAGGGAUAUAUUUUACCCACAAAAAGUGAGAAUUUUACUACAUAAAUAAAUCACGAGAAGCUUAAAUCAAUAUUUUUUCACACAUAAAAUCAAGAGGACAAAGUAUUUGAUCAAUUUGCAAAUGCUGAGUCAGAACAUUUUUAGAUGUUGGAGUGCCAAACUGUCAGGAUCACUUUAAAUUUCAGGUUAGUAAAAAAAAAAAAAAAAAAAAAAUUUGUAACGUACCGAAAAGUUUUCAGCCUCAGGUCCGAUUUCAGAGUUUGACAGAAGAAGACGAAGUCUUCACAUUGAGAUUCUCUGAUUUUUAAUGUUUUUAUGAUUGCUUAAAAGGAAAAAAACUCUGCUGUCAACAUAUCUUGUUUCCUGGUUUUACAAUAAAUUCCGGUGCACUACCUUUUCUAUA